GCGUGUGUGUGUGUGUGUGUGCUCGCGCGCGUGCGUGCGUGCCACUGUGUGUGUGUGUGUGUGUGUGUGUGUGUGUGUGUGUGUGUGUGUGUGUGUUGGGAGGGGCAGCAGGAAGGUGAUCUAAGCCCCACGCCUUGGAGAAAAUCCAAGCUUGAAAGCCCGUUCAGCUCCAGGGAGGCUGCUCACAGCUAUGCAAAGCAGAGACCUCCCACCCCAGCUGGGAGCUGCAGACAGGACUCAGCCAGCCCUUCCACACUGACUCAGCGUGGCCUCCUGGGGGAGCACAGCCGCCCCCCACAGCCCCCGAGUAGCCAUGGAGACUCCACCGUCGGGCUCAGCCGAGAUGCCACGUCAGUUCCCCAAGCUGAACAUCUCAGAAGUGGAUGAACAAGUCCGGCUCCUGGCUGAGAAGGUAUUUGCUAAAGUACUUCGAGAAGAGGACAGCAAAGAUGCGCUCUCACUCUUCACUGUCCCCGAGGACUGCCCCAUCGGCCAGAAGGAGGCCAAGGAGAGGGAGCUGCAGAAGGAGCUGGCAGAGCAGAAGUCGCUGGAGACCGCCAAAAGAAAGAAAAGUUUCAAGAUGAUUCGGUCUCAGUCCCUGUCUCUGCAAAUGCCGACGACACAGCCAGAUUGGAAGGGUCCCUCGACAGCCAGCCCGGCCAUGUCUCCCGCUACCCCUGUGAUCACGGGAGCUGCUUCCCAGUCCACGCCAGGGCCCUAUGCCAUGCCCGAGUUCCAGAGGGUCACCAUCAGUGGGGACUACUGUGCUGGGAUCACCCUGGAGGACUAUGAGCAGGCGGCCAAGAGCCUGGCCAAGGCUCUGAAGAUCCGGGAGAAGUAUGCCCGGCUGGCCUACCACCGUUUCCCUCGGACCACAGCUCAGUACCUGGGCCACCGGCGGGCUGACACCGCACCUCCAGAAGAAGGUCUCCCAGACUUCCACCCUCCCCCCAAGCCUCAGGAGGACCCCUACUGUCUGGAUGAUGCGCCCCCCAACCUGGGCUACUUGGUCCGGAUGCAGGGGGGCAUUCUCUUCGUGUAUGAUAACAAGAAGAUGCUGGAGCACCAGGAGCCCCACAGCCUUCCCUACCCCGACCUGGAGACCUACACCGUGGACAUGAGCCACAUCUUGGCUCUCAUCACGGAUGGCCCCACGAAAACAUAUUGUCACCGGCGACUAAACUUUCUGGAAUCCAAGUUCAGCCUUCAUGAGAUGUUAAAUGAAAUGUCCGAGUUUAAAGAGUUGAAGAGUAACCCCCACCGAGACUUCUAUAAUGUGAGAAAGGUGGACACGCACAUCCAUGCAGCUGCCUGCAUGAACCAGAAGCAUCUGCUGCGCUUCAUCAAGCACACGUACCAGACGGAACCGGACAGGACGGUGGCAGAGAAACGUGGCCGGAAGAUCACCUUGCGCCAGGUGUUUGAUAGCCUGCACAUGGACCCUUAUGACCUCACCGUGGACUCACUGGAUGUCCAUGCGGGCCGACAAACAUUCCACCGCUUUGACAAGUUCAACUCCAAAUACAACCCCGUGGGGGCCAGUGAGCUGCGUGACCUGUACUUGAAAACAGAAAACUACCUGGGAGGAGAGUACUUCGCUCGGAUGGUCAAGGAGGUGGCCCGGGAGCUGGAGGAGAGCAAGUACCAGUACUCAGAGCCUCGUCUGUCCAUCUAUGGCCGCAGUCCUGAGGAGUGGCCCAACCUGGCACGCUGGUUCAUCCAACACAAGGUUUACUCCCCCAACAUGCGCUGGAUCAUCCAGGUGCCACGGAUCUACGACAUAUUUAGGUCAAAGAAAUUGCUGCCAAGCUUUGGGAAGAUGCUGGAGAACAUCUUUCUGCCCCUCUUUGAGGCCACCAUCAACCCCCAAGAUCACCGAGAGCUUCAUCUCUUCCUCAAAUAUGUCACGGGGUUUGAUAGCGUGGAUGAUGAGUCCAAACACAGCGACCACAUGUUCUCCGACAAGAGCCCCAACCCAGACAUCUGGACCAGUGAGCAGAACCCACCCUACAGCUACUAUCUGUACUACAUGUACGCCAACAUUAUGGUGCUCAACAACCUCCGCAGGGAGCGAGGCCUGAGCACGUUCCUGUUCCGGCCGCACUGCGGAGAGGCGGGCUCCAUCACCCACCUGGUGUCUGCUUUCCUCACUGCUGACAACAUUUCCCACGGGUUGCUCCUCAAGAAGAGUCCGGUGUUGCAGUACCUCUACUACCUUGCUCAGAUCCCCAUUGCCAUGUCUCCUCUGAGCAACAACAGUCUGUUCCUCGAAUAUUCCAAAAACCCUCUGCGGGAGUUCCUGCACAAGGGGCUGCAUGUGUCACUGUCCACUGAUGAUCCCAUGCAGUUCCACUACACGAAGGAAGCGCUUAUGGAAGAAUAUGCAAUUGCAGCUCAGGUGUGGAAGCUGAGCACCUGCGACCUGUGUGAAAUCGCCAGAAACAGUGUGCUCCAGAGUGGCCUCUCACACCAGGAAAAGCAAAAAUUUCUGGGACAAAAUUAUUAUAAAGAAGGACCUGAAGGAAAUGACAUUCGAAAGACAAAUGUUGCCCAGAUCCGGAUGGCAUUCCGCUAUGAGACCCUAUGCAAUGAGCUCAGCUUCUUGUCUGAUGCCAUGAAAUCAGAUGAGAUUACAGACCUUAACGUGUAGGUCUGGCAUUAGACAUGUAUUUUAACUUUUUCAUUUAACUUCAAGUCUGUUAUGAUUAAGUGGUCAAGAUAUCAAAUUAGGACUUUCCUUCAUGAAGAGGAUACUUUUGAAGAACUUUUAAACUAGAGAUUUUGGCUGCACUAUUCACUUUAGGGUCUAACAUGUCCUCUUCUGUCAAUGUUUCUGAGUAAGAUGACUCCUCCUGAGAGAUCUGGGAGCGGGACACUUGUCUGUCCCACUCAUCCCUAACUUUCCAAAUAUUUCUCUUGAAACUGCUAGGGCUUGCAUUUGGGGGCUUAGAUUUUGGAGGUGGCAUGGCCUCAUGCCCACUCACAUGAAGUUUGUGGGGUUUUGCCAUCAGCCUCUAAAGGCCCUGCAGGCUGGUUGGCAGUUGUUCAUUUUCAGCCUCUUGCUGGCUGGCUGCCUUAAAAAUCUAUUUCAAACCUCCCUUUCAUAAAGGAGCUACUUUUGAGAGAAUUGAAAUAGAAAGCAUCCUUCUUGACAAUUUAUGUUUUUAAUGAAUUUUAUGAACGAUUUUAUUUAGCUCUCCUCCCUAUUUAGGAAAUCAAAUGUGGACAUGAAAACAAUCUCUCCUACAUUUUGGCUUCCUCAUCUGUAAAGUGAAGGUCUGGAUCAGAGGCAUGCAUUUCAGACAGUGGCUAUGGAUCUUACUUCUGGGGCCACUGUAGGGCCAGGAAGGAGGGUUAAGUGAGGGUCUGGGUACUGCCUUUAUUUCAAAGUGACUGUUUUUACCAGAUUUAUAAUGGGGGUGUCAACAUAUUUUCACCUGAACCAAGGAUUUUGCGAAGUACAGGACUAUAUGAACUUUAUUCCCCUUGGUUCUAAAAUUUUUAUAGUUGUGGGCCAGUUAUUUUUCCUUAUGAAGAGUUAGAUUGAAAGAUGUGAAAUUUGCCUAAGGUCGAACAGCUAAUAAUAGGACUAAAAUUAGGUUUCUUUCCUAAUCCAGUCCUCUCCCCACACUAUUCCAUUAGACCUAACAGAUUUUUUUUUAAACCACUGUGACCUGUUGAAUUUUUUUUUAAAGGAGAAAUUCCUUUUUAAUGUAAUAUAUAGACUUCCUUAGUCUAUAAAGUGUAGGAACCACUUCCUGAGACAAGGUCCAAGGGGCAAAGAAAGCAUUUCUAAAGACCAAUUUGACUUUACACUUCAACAAAGUACUUCAUCUGUGUUACUAGUGCCUGUUUCCUAGUGGGUGCUCAAUAAACAUAUAUAAACUCACCAAAUAAAUUUCUCUUUUGGCAACUUUUUAAGGAUAUGUGUUCUGAAUAUUCAAAUAUUGCUCAAGUAUCUUCCUAUUUCCGUGGGCAGAUUCAGAUUAUUGUAAGUCCUGAAUCAUUAUCAAGUUAGAAAAACUUGAUUUUUGCCUGAGACAAUGCUUCACUGAUUUGAUAUUCUCUUGUCCUGUGACUUUGUACCUGUCUCCUCCAUUGUCACGUGAGCACAUGGAAUUUUAAGUGUAGUCUUUUUAUUAGACAAACAUAAUAUGUAAUCUUGCAUACUUAUUAUGAAACUGAAUGAAAAUCUACCAUUUAUCUUAGGCAUCAUUUUUGAAAUCUCCAUUUGUACACAUUUGCCCUAAUAGAUUAAGUAUUGUACAGUUUUUCAUUGCCAUUUUAUCUGUGUCAAAUAUUUGUUUUUAAUUAUGAAAUAAAGUCCUUUAGGACCAUGGCUUAGUAAUUUAAAACUAUGUCAAGCAAAAUGUUUUAAGUUUUUUACUUUAAUUGGGUAUUGUGAAUGGUUAUCAUUAACUACUAGCUUACCUUUAGAUUGAGACAUGAAUCUAUUCACUGAGAAACUAAACAUUUUCAAGCUGAAGCUUAGCAGAUCAUAAGGUAAACCUUUGUUUUUCACUCAUUUUAAAGCCCUGUUAUAGAUCAUGAGCAACUUCAUACAUUUCCUUUUCCCUGGAUAUUAAAUCUAUUCAGUCAACAUUUGUACAAUUUUACCUGUCCUUUCAGUUUACACUUUCAUAACAUCAUUGUACCUAACUGGCUUUUUAGGGAUGAAUUCCUACAUUCUUUUACUUGUAUAUGGCACCAAAUGCAACUGUACACCAGUUCAUAUUUCUAAAGGAACAUUAUUUUGAGGCGUAUUAUCCUUUACUUGCUCUAGGAGUUCACAUUCUGUAUCAACUCAGACUAUAUUAUUGAAACUAGGUUAAAACUUAGCCUCACAAAAAACAAGUUAUUGUCCCUGAGUUGGUACUAACAAAGAUCUAUUACAGUCCUCUACUUUUUUUUUUUUUUUUUUUUUUGCUUUUUAGGUCACACCUGGCGAUGCACAGGGGUCACUUCUGGCUCUGUACUCAGGAAUUACCCCUGUCGGUGCUCAGGGGACCAUAUGGGAUGCUGGGAAUUGAACCCGGGUCGGCCGCAUGCAAGUCAAAUGCCCUACCCGCUGUGCUAUUGCUCCAGCCCUAUCUACUUUUAUUUUAUUAAACAUUUCACUUUAAUUUUUUUAGGGAGACAUCCCCGAUGAUGCUCAGUUUACUCCUGGUUCUGCACUCAGGCAGGCUUGAGGACCCAAUGGAGUGUCAGAGACAGUAUCAGGGUCAACCAUGUGAAUGCAAGUACUCUACCCACUGUACUAUCUUUUCAGCCCAUCUACUUUUAAUGUUAGAUUAAAGCAAAGUAGAAAGCAUAUAUUUUUCUCUAUUUGUACCGAAAUGCUACAUUGGUGAAACACUAUUCCUCUUUUUCUAAAGAUAAUAUGAUAAUAUAAAUAUUGCAUACCUGAAUAGGUAUAACUAACUGCAAUAAAAAAUACUAAUUAGGUAAAAAUAGGUAUUUAGAUAUUUUUAUUCCUUCAACCGCUAUGUAAUUAUUUUAUUUGAAAGAGGAUGCAGAGAUAUAAAGACUAUAUAUAGCUACAAAGAUUAUCAACAUCUCUGAGAAUUUUAUGUAUUUGAGAAAAUUAAACAUCCUUUAUAUAUAUAUCAGUAAAUUUAAUUAUAAACUGUCAAUCGUUCUUAUUAAUGGCUUUCUUCUUUUUAUUGUUAAGAUACUGAGAUGUUUCUCUAAUUACAGUCUUGAGACUUAUUUUACAAGAUAAACAUAAAAAUUACCCUAUAGUGGAAUCUGAGUAAAAAGACAAAGGAACAGAUAAAAAUCUGUUGUGAAUUGUUUAUAUUAUGUUGUCAUCGUGUUGCUCAUCAUAAAUAAGGAUUAUUAAUUGUUUUACCUAAUCUCCAAGUAGUUUUCUUAUUAUUAAAUAGAGAAUUUUAACAGAAAAAAAAAACCUUUAAAAUCAGUAUUUUUUGGACUGACUUUUAAUGAAUCCAACUUCCCAAUGUUAAAAGUCUGUGAUUUUUAAGCAACCUUAGUACUUUACACAUAUAUUUGGUAUAGGGAAAU